CAACUUUCUGUCCUUGGUUUACGUAGCAUCUUACGCGACCUGGUGUUCUUAUGCAGCAUGCCGUCCAUUCCGUGAUACCCUAGCCUUCCAAUUCCACCGUAGACCGCAUCGCACUUUCGUCCCUCCGUCUACUUCGCCCUCAGCUGUCCUGCAUCUGCUUCAUUCCAAAGACAAACUCCUAGAUCGAAUCCUUUCAACACUCAACAAUUCCUACAAUGGGGUCUCUUCACGACUCGCGCAUACACAAAUGGUUUGCAACUUCGCCGCCAGUUGCAUGGACGAUACGGCAGCUGCGAGAGAUUCUCAUCGGCUCCCUGAAGCAGGGUCCAAUUCCUCAGCAUGUUGCGUUUGUGAUGGAUGGCAACAGGCGUUUUGCGCGAAACCACCACAUUGAGACUGUUGAGGGGCAUAACAUGGGCUUCGAGUCCUUGGCGAGGAUAUUAGAAGUCUGCUACAAGACUGGCGUGAAGGUCGUCACAAUCUACGCCUUCAGCAUUGAGAACUUCAAGCGAUCAAAGCACGAGGUCGAUGCCCUGAUGUCCAUGGCCAAGGUCAAGCUCGAGCAAUUGUCCGAGCACGGGGCUCUUCUCGAUCGGUACGGAGCAUCUGUAAGGGUACUGGGUCAGCGAGAGUUGGUUAAGCCCGACGUUCUCAAGGCAGUCGACAAAGCUGUGUCCAUGACUGCGCACAACAAAAGGGCAAUCCUGAACAUAUGCUUCCCAUACACAUCGCGACACGAGAUCACGACUGCUGUUAUGAAAACCGUCGAGACCUACAGCACUCCGAUCCACAAUCUCCAGAGCCCCUCGAAGCGUACAUUCUCUGAAUCGGGCAUCACACAGCAUAUUCGCCAGCAGUCCUUGAAGGAGGAUACGAUAAGCGGAGCUGAGCAGCACGAGUCUCGACCGUCUUCACCGUCAAAGGAUGACAAGCACGACGACGAGCGGUCUUCGUCAACUUCAACGGCGAUCAACCCUUCAGAGAAGGAUGAUUUGCACAGUCUGCACCAGUUCUUGGACCCUGAGGCAAUCACCGCUCAAACUUUGACGGACAACACAAUGACGGCGGACGCUCCACCCCUCGACUUGCUAGUACGCACUUCGGGCGUUGAAAGGCUGAGCGACUUCAUGCUAUGGCAAUGCCACGAGAACACGUCCAUUGUGUUUUUGAAGUGUCUGUGGCCAGAGUUCGACUUGUGGCAGUUCCUACCUGUACUCGUCGAAUGGCAAUGGCAGCAGAAGAAGAUACAAGAGGCUGCAGCGCAACAACAGAAGAACCGUGUGCGGUCCAAGUCUGACUAGAACAACUUACUUAGAGGUAGUCACGACCCGUAGCGGUCAAGAUGCAUCGAUGAUACCCCAGCAGCAAGCGUGCUUAUUCAUAGUCAAAUAAAUGCAAGGAACUAGCAAUUC